AUGGCCGUGCGGAGAUGUAUCCAGCAGUUGUUCCAGGAGCCUCAGGUUGACGGCGUCAUCACCUUCGAGCGGCCGGGCCCUGUUCUCCGGAGCUGGGGCCGCCCAUCGCAGGAGGACGCGGGCAUGCCGCGCGGCGCGGAGCCCCAGCGGGAGCCGAGCAGCCCGGGUGGCGGGACGCUGCUGAGCCGAGGGCUCCGGCUGGAGGAGUGCGCCCUUUUCCACUGCAGGGGCUGCCGCGCGGUGCUGGGCGACUCGCUGCAUCUCUGCGCCCAGGAGGACCGUUGCCUGCAGGUCCUCGUCUGCUUCAAAGUCACAAAUGAUGUUGUUUUGGACGAUUCUUUAAUGGUCGGUAUUGAAGGACCCCUUCUAGGAUGUGCUUACUAUGCAUUGUACUGUCAUUCGUGUGGAUUAAUGGUGGGCUUCAGCCUCUAUUCUGCCUUCGCUGCCCUGGUUCAUCUGCGAGGCUUCUUUUGUCUUUUCAAGGACAACAUCCUCUGUUAUCUCUUAAAAACUAAAGCCAUGAUAGAGGCCUCUGAGAUGAACUUUCCUGCUUUGAGCCUAAAGGAACAUCUGGAAAAACUGAAAGAACAACUUGUGGGGGUCCAUGUGCGCCUAGAGGUACUGAUUAAGAGGCUGGAAGAACUGAAUCAACAGAUCAACAUGGCUGACAAGCAGGGCUAUGCAUCAAGGACAGUUGGCCUAAAGCUAGGGUUUGCAGGAAUCAAGACAAGCAAUUAA